AUGCGUGACGACGUCUUCAACAAUAGGCCCAUGAUCAAAAGCCAGACCGUGGACUUUAUCGUCCAAAUCCCUCUUGUUGCCCAGGCAAUCCAGGUUGGUCAUCGCUUCUUGAAAGAUCACCCUCUGCUCCUGCGCCUGUUCGAUUUGGCUGAAUGCUUGUUUAUCGAGUUUCUGCUGCUCAUUUUGCCUCUGGCUAAGCGCUUCAACAAGACUCUGAUCAGUGUUGAUAACUAUGCUGUACGCACGCUCCAAUAUGCCAAGGACAAAGUGCCGUACCCAUUUGAAGUGACCUGGAAUGACUUGUACGCUAACGGCAAGGUGCAGGCGCAUCAACUCUCCCAAGAUGUGUACGAAAACCGCAUUAAGGCCCCAGCCAAGUCAGUCUAUGAUCAAGGUGUCAAAGUCGUGGAGCAGCUGCAGCAGAAUGAGAAUGAGUACAUCAAGAAGGUUGGUGCGUCGAUUUCUUCAAUGCACGAGAAAGUCCUGAGUGUCGCCAAAGAAAUCUCUCAAAAGUCCUCUCAGGACGUGAGCGAGGGUGAGAAGCAGGCCUCGAGUCUGGUCAAGAGCGUGGUGGGCGAGAUUGAAGGUCUGCAAAAGUUUGCUGCUACGCUGCCCUCGGAGGCUCAAAAGCGCCUUGAUCCCUACAUCCACGUGCUUAAUACGACGUACAAGGAUCUCUCUGCUGAGGCCCUCGAUGGCAAGGUGCCGAUCCUCGACCGCUUGAACAAAGUGGUGUCGUACUUGCAGAACAAGACGGUGCCUGAGCUGCAGAAAGCAGUCACGGCUGCCCCUAAGUCUAACAAGAAGAAGGACUAA